CAGUGUAUUCUCAGUUCCUUCAGCUUCAUUCGGUCAUGCCAGCAAAAUGACGGACUGCAGACGUAGGCUUUUAUUUCUUAAUUUUAUAUUGAUAUUUUGUGGGGUAUGUAUGUAUGAUGUGAAGUUGGUGGAGAGCUAAACAAGAGCCAAUCACCUCUAGUUUGAUCCAUGUUGUAUUAGGCUCCAAGAUCAGAACAGUUUAGCGUGCCUAGGCCAUGAAGGCAGGACUCGCACAGUUUUUAAAAAAAAGGCAGGACCCACACAUUCUCUUUCCUCCACUGCUAAUCUCUUGUCCCUCCGUCUCCUCAUGGUGUGUAUAUAAGACACAGUGUGAAGCACACGAAGCAAUGCAAUCCUUAUCAUAGAUAGCAACUAAAAUGGAGACCAUGUCUUAUCCUUGUUCCCCUCUUCUCUCCUUUCCCACACAUGAAGAGAAUAGCUUUUUCCCAUGGUCUCCUCAAGUAGCUCUCCAUGAGAAUGCCACCAUCCAGGUUGAUCAUUCCACUGACCAGCAACAGGACAAUGAGUUCUUGGACACUAUGGACCAAGAUUAUGUUGGCGGUUGGCAUCAUCAAGAUGCUUCUGAUGUUGGUGUGUUCCUCGAUUGUGAUGAGAGGAUUCUGGGCCAAGAGAGUGGCAAUUUGGCGGCCAUCCAAGAGGAGCUCAUGGAGGAGAACAGUUUAACUGAUCUCCUCACCGGUGCAGAGGCGGUUGAGGCGGGGGAUUCAGCACUUGCCUCGGCAGUGUUCUCAAGGCUUGAUGGCCUUCUCCCUGGCAUCCCUGAUAAUGCCUCUGCCAGCUCUUUUGACCGCCUGGCCGACCACUUUGCCCAAGGUCUGCGGUCCCGGAUCUCCAGUGCAAGCGUCAGAUGCUCCCCGCCUGAGCCACUGCCAUCUGAUAGAAUGUCAGCACAACAGAUUAUACAAGAGCUGUCGCCGUUCGCCAAGUUUGCACACUUCACUGCCAAUCAGGCUAUUUUGGACGCCACCAAGGGAGACACAGAUGUGCACGUCGUCGACCUGAACAUUGGUGAGGGAAUCCAGUGGCCAUCAUUCAUGUCAGAUCUUGCCCGUCAUGGUGGCAUAUCAUUCCACCUCACGGUGGUCACAACAGAUGCUGACUACAGAGGCGACAUUCACCAUGAAUCUGCAAGGAGGCUCUCGGAGUUCGCGCACUCCUUGAACCUUCCCUUCCAGUACAGCUCUUUCUGUAUACACAGUGAUGAAGACCUGCAUGCCUUCUCCAAGAGCUGUAAAGGCUCAGUAAUAUUCUCGUGUGACACAACAAGCAUGCCUUACAAAUCCAUGAGCAAGUUACAGACACUCCUACCUGCCUGUGUUAAAAUAUUACGGCCUAAGUUAGUGGUCAUCGUAGAAGAGGAGCUGGUUAGAAUCGGAAAGGAGGCCUCUGUAUGUAACGCCUCCUUUGUCGACUUCUUUUUCGAGGCAUUGCACCAUUUCACCACGGUGUUUGAGUCACUGGGUAGCUGUUUCGGUGGUGCUAACCAGGGGGUGUGCAUGAAACUCGUGGAGAGGGAGAUGGUGGGGCCACGGAUACAGGACUUCGUGGGGCAGUAUGGGUCUGUGACGGUUGAGGCCAGUACUCCUGGGGUUUUGGAAAGGGAGGGCAGAGCUCAGCUUGGCAUGGAGGUUCUGAUUUCAGCAGUCGCAAGUGAUCUUGUAAGCCGUUUUUUCUCUUUCCUAGCACAAAAAAUUGUCGCUCACACAUGUGAGGCGGAGGAUCGUCGAAGGCUGGAACGAGUCUUGCUCAGGAUGAGCACCGUUGCUGACGAAGCAGAGGGGCGGCACAUCACAAAUCGAGGAAUGCUCUUGCAGCUGAAGACACUCAUCGAGGGUCUUGGCAUGGAGGUUCUGAUUUCAGCAGUCACAAGUGAUCUUGUAAGCCGGUUCAUCGCUUUCCUAGCACAAAAAUUUUGCACCCGCACACAUGAGGAGGAUGAUCGCAGAAGGCUAGAGCACAUCUUGCUAAGGAUGAACACCGUUGUUGAGAAAGCAGAGGGGCGGCAGAUCAAAAAUCAAGGAAUGUUUCUGCAGCUGAAGACACUCAUGGAGGGUGUGUAUCUUGGGUACUACAUGCUUGACAUUCUGAAGGUCCAAUCGCUUGGAGAAAAGAGGGUCGAAGAUGAUGAGGUGAGCCACCGGAGCCAAUCCUACGCCGUUUGUACUUUUAACACUGCCAAGCGCCUUUGUUUUGCUUCUGCAAUGAAGAACAAACCAGUAGCAUUUGGUACUGGGAGCACAAUAAAAUUGAAAAGUGUUCUUGAAAGUUUAGAAGCCAAGACUGCGGAUAUGAGAGAGUUUGUCAUCCUCCUCAGCAGCUGCCCUCGCCUUGUUCGCCAGCCAUACAGUACGUAUCUAUACAUGGAUAAUUGUUUGUUUGGCCGCCACAUCGAGAAAGAGAAACUCAUCAACUUCUUGCUGUGCGAGGACAGCCAUGAUUGCACAAAUAUUAGCAUCCUUCCGAUCAUCGGUCCACACUUAACUGGAAAGAAAACUCUCGUGCAACAUGCUUGCAAGGAUGAGAGGGUGCGUGGUCGUUUCUCUAACAUGUUCUUCUUCAAAGGAGAUGAUCUACGGAGAGGAGAAUUUGCAGUGAUAUGCAAGGUAGCCUCGGGGAAGUGCUUGUUUGUUGUUGAUUUUAGCUGGGAUGUGGAUGAAGCAGCUUGGACAAAAUUCCAGUCAUAUUUGCAUAAGUUGCCUGGGAUUAAAAUUUUAAUCAUAGGCAGAGCAGAGCAAAUUGCAGAAUUUAGGACUACUCAACCCAUCAGGAUGAAGUUUUUACACCAGGAAGAGUACUGGUACUAUUUGAAGGCACUGGCCUUUGGAAGCAUGGAUCCUGAUGAGCACCCAAAUCUGGCAUCUGUGGGCAUGAAGCUGGCUACUGAGCUGCAUGGAUCUUUUCUUGCUGCAAAUAUAGUCGGUGGGGUAUUAAGAUCUAAUCCUAAUGCUAAAUUUUGGUGCAACAUGUUAUUGAAAGUAAGAGAGCUAGCACGGACACGCAGUUGCUUUGGUCCGGUUCAUGGCUUUCUGGUUUAUGAUUUGAGAGAGGCUGGCCCUAGGCAAAGUGAGCUGCCAAAACUGUCAUGGCAAGAACUACUAAACGGUGCUGAGAUCACCGGGGCAGACAAGUUUGAUGUGUUGGCAUGGAGAUCCCGGAUUCCUCCUUACCUCGACUACAUAAUUACUUUUCAGAAACGGAAGCCACGUCAUAAAGCCAACAAGAAGAAUUAUCUGGCCCGGAGAUUAGGAUAA